UAAAGAGCUUCAGCUUUCGUACAUUGCAUUGUACAACGAGAAUGUUAAACCGUAAAGCAUGGAUACACCCAAGUGGUUUGCAUCUGUUUCUCUUCUCAACUACAUCUUGAGUUUCGCAAUGAAGACCAAUUCAUUGUGUUUCAUGAUAUUGCUGCUUCUCCGUAUUUCUCACCAUGCUAGAAGUGAGCGGAUAGACACUUCUAACCUUCCAUUCCUUGUAUCCAUAUGGUUGAACAAUAAGCUCCACUGCGGUGGCAUUAUCUACGAUUCAAAUCAUGUUAUCACAACUGCUACCUGUGUGCAGAGAAUUCCAGCUGAUCGGCUAAUUGUACUUGCCAAAGACAUGAGGUUUCCAUAUUUUUAUAAACCGCAAUACUCUGUUGAAUCAUAUGUGACUCAUCCAUCAUACAGCCAAAUCGGAAGGCAGGAUCAAAAUGGUUCAUACACCAGGGAUGAUAUUGCUGUCAUAACGCUGGUCAAGCCUUCCCUUUUGAGUCAUCGUCUUCACCCAGCUUCGUUCAAGGAAAGUCAAGAAGGGCUCAACUGUCUAUUUAAUGGUCAUCGUUCUUAUAAAUAUGUCGGAUGGAUUCGACCUCCUUACUUUACCCCGCAACCACUCGUUUUACAUGGGUCAAAUGUCACCCUUCAUCGGCAUGGUAAAAAGACGGAUGCCCACUACACAGCAGUUUUGCCAGAUAUUUAUUCAUGUGGGCGGUGGAGAUUGACGCCAUGCCUGGAAAAUAGAGGUACGCCGAUUCUUGCCCAGACAGAUUCAUCAGAUUCAGAAGUCAGCGCUAUUCUAACAGAUUUAAAUUUUAUACCGAAUGAUGAGAUAUUGGGGACAUUUCUUGAAGUGGGGAAGUACAUGACUUGGAUUCAGGAGACCAUCCAAAUAAAUCUUUUUCAAUCCAGUCUUAUUCAUUGAUCAUUUCAGUGAAG